AUUGUGAAAAGCAAAAGCACAGCCAAAUGAAUAAAAAUGCAUAUAUAAACACAAAAGACAAUCCCAAAAAAAACAAAAAAAACAACUCAACCUCUUUUGUUAGCCACUUCCCGUUGAAGUUCACUGUCAAACUAAACAUAAAAGAAAGAAUUGCUUGUGUAUUUAAAACGACAUAGCUUAGCCUUCAGUCCGCUAUGUUAAAGCUAAUAGAUAAUGGCAAUUGCCAUAGGCGCAGGCUAACUAGCGUCCGCGUUGCUAUGGUAUAAGCCUUGAACCAACGGAGAUGUGAACAUAAAUGGUGCAGCAACACAUUUAGACAGACAAUAGAACAGUACUAUUAUACUAAGCGAAGAACUACCAUUAUUAGUGCCGUACUGAGGAGCUAGGACGUCUCCACGUACGGUAUUUCCAUCGGUCUGUCUGAUGCUACCUCCAGGUGGCCAAGGCAGGCAUACCAGAAGGAGCAGCCCAAUAGCCAUUUAAUUGAUGAAAUAUAACAAAAAGUUAAAUUCUAUUUAUGGCAUUAGUGUUUUUUUUUAUAAAGUAUAAUAUUAUACAGUGCUAAUUUUCUCAUUAACAAAACAUUUGUUGUUGUUUUUUUUGGGGGAGGCUGGAAUGAAUUAAUGGCAUUUUCAUUCAUUUUAAAUGGGGAAAAAUUAAUUUAGAUGUUUUAUGAUAUAUAAUAUAUAUAUGUCGAAUGUUUCCACACACCAGUCCGAGGUUUGUUUCAGCGUCGUCAGCGUCACGUCAAAGCCUUGCAACACAAGACGAGUGUAAGUUGAGUUUAAAUGUUUAAUAGCGUGUCCACCGAGACGCGGUUAGAAACAGAACGCAACAACACCAGAUGGCGGAACCCAAACGUUACGCAAAUGCUUUCCAAAGUUUUCCCGGUUUGAUGCGGGAUUCGUCUCACUGUUGCAUAUUCUUUGAAAAGUCGUCCAUACGGUAAAGUUGUGACCUUAACGGACUUGGAGGUGGACAAUAGCUUAGGUCGAGUCAUAUCUAUGCUCGUGAAUAAUUCAUCAAGAGGGCGACUGGCGGCUACUGAAAGGAAAGGACGAGUCCCGAAGGAGAAGGAGAAGAAGUCGCCGGAGGAUGGAGGAGGUGGCGAAGAGACGGCCCGUAAUCUCUGCUAAAGAAAGAGGACCGGGCCCGGGACGCUACGCUCUGCCGCCGACGGUGGGCUACGUCGACCACGAUGUCACCAAGCCCAGCGGCCCCGCUUACUCCUUCCGCACCCGAAUGAGCAGCACCAUGAUCUCUGUAGACUCCAGCCCAGGACCGAGAUACCACGUCGGCGCUAACGUGACACGAUUUGGCCGAGCGGCGAUGCCCUCUUACACCAUGUUGGGCCGAGGGAAGCGCAUUGGUGACAAGUUCCAGACACCAGGACCGGGGACCUACAGCCCAGAGAAAGCUCCGCCUCUCAACGCUCAGCGUCGCCCGCCAGCCUACACCAUGGGCGCCCGCACACGCUAUCGCUCUGUGGAUGCAGUACCAGCCCCCAACAGCUACACGCUCCCCAAGCUGCUGGGCAAUCAGGUCCCCGACAAGGCGUCCGCCGUCAGCUACAGCAUGUCGGCCCGCCGCCCGUCCGUGGACUUGGCCCAGAGCCCCGGGCCCGGCGGGUACAACAGCACCCACCCGGACGUCUACCUCCGACGCCAGCCCUCCUUCUCCAUGCGGAGCCGGACCGAAAGGCCCACCUACCCCUCAGCCACCCCGGGCCCCGGUGCCUAUCGCCCGGAGCGUUCGGGGGCGCACCUCCGCAGGGCACCGUCCUUCACGAUGGGGGUCCGCCACUCGGAGUUUGUCACGCCGCUUGUGCUGGACUUCGGCCACUGAGCGGCCAAUUGUCUUAGAAAGAACAACACUAUAUGGCAAAAGUAUUGGGCUACCUCGAGCUUGGUUGUUUUAACGACUCAACAAGUUAAGUCAAAACUGGUGUGACUAUAUGUGUGUGUGUGUAACCAACACCUCUGCGAUCGGACUCGAUAGGUCGUCUGGCUCCUGAUUCAGAUUAGCCGUGGGAGAAAUCAUUUGUCUCGGGGUUCUCAUUCUUUUUCCACGAUGCAUGGCGAACGUUUACAUUGAAUAUCAAAUAAAAACGUAAUUAUUAUUAUUUUUGAAAAAAAAAAGCUGUUUAUUGUUGUGAUUUAGAUAAAAAUCAGAACACGUUUUAUGACCAAUUUAUGCAGAAAUCCAGUUCAUUCCAAAGAGUUUUUCUUGCUGUUGUAUAACACAGGCUUUAUCCAAAAGUCCCGACACGUUUUUUUCUAUUUCGUUGAACGAUAUCAUGGAGACAGAUGUGUGUCUGUGUCUUAUACUGCCCCCAGGUGGCGAAGGUGGGCACACCUGAACGAGCAGUACAAUGCUCAUUCAAUUGAUGCAGUGUGACAAAAACGCUCAUUCUUCUUAAUGUAAUUUAAUUAUGUCAUUACCAUAUGUUUUUAAAAAGUACAAUAUUGCGAAGUGCUAUUUUUCCUCAUUGAAAUACAUAUGAAAACAUAUUUGGUUGUUUUAUUUUUUAUUUUUUUUU